AUGUCCGCAAAAACAGUGUCAGGUCCGGGCGGCAAGAAGCCUGCUUCGGCAGCGACGAACCUUAUCGCUGGCGGUGGAGCUGGGAUGAUGGAGGCACUGGUGUGCCAUCCUCUCGAUACCAUCAAAGUCCGCAUGCAGCUUUCACGACGACAGAGGGACAAGGGCGCGAAGCGGAGAGGAUUCCUCAAGACUGGUGUUGAGAUUGCAAAGAAAGAGAGCCCACUGGGUCUGUACAAGGGCCUUGGGGCAGUGCUCACCGGUAUUGUACCGAAGAUGGCCAUCCGCUUCACGAGUUACGAGUGGUACAAGCAGAUGUUGGCAAGCAAAGACGGACACAUCUCAGGAGGCGCGAACUUCAUGGCUGGGUUGGCUGCCGGUGUGACAGAGGCGGUAGCUGUCGUGUGUCCGAUGGAAGUGGUCAAGAUUCGAUUGCAGGCACAACAUCACAGCAUGUCCGAUCCUCUCGAUGUACCCAAAUACCGCAACGCUGCACAUGCGUGUUACACUGUGGUGCGAGAAGAGGGUGUUUCAGCGCUAUACCGAGGUGUCUCGCUCACAGCAUUACGGCAAGGCACGAACCAAGCAGCCAACUUUACAGCAUAUACCGAGCUCAAGGAGAUGCUUCAACAACGGCAAGACGACCCCUCUGCGCCCCUGCCAUCCUGGAAAACCUCGAUCAUUGGCCUGAUUUCUGGCGCUGUUGGUCCGUUCUCGAAUGCACCAAUCGACACAAUUAAGACACGUCUGCAGCGAACUCCUGCUGAACCUGGUCAAACAGCCAUGGGCCGUAUCCUUGCAAUUGGCAAUCAGAUGUGGAAGCAGGAAGGUCUCCGAGCAUUCUGGAUGGGUAUCACACCUCGGGUGAUGCGAGUGGCACCAGGGCAGGCCGUCACCUUCGCGGUGUACGAGUAUCUGAAGGGAGUGCUGGAGAAGGGACGCGAGAUGCUGCCUGGGAACGAGUAUCAGGAGUAG